CAUCAACAUACUAAGAAAAGAUGUACUAUGAAAAUCGUGGAUAGACGCCUACAUGAAGUUGCCAAGACAUGGACUAGUAUGGCUUGCAGGCUAACCAAGGGUCUGUUCGCAUACAGUUCUAGCAAAGCCGCCGCAUUGCACCUAACGCAAAAGAUGGCCUAUGAGCUUGGCAAGGACGAGAUCGGUGUACGCGUCAACAACAUCGCCCCAAUUCCCACUCCGACCGGAAUGACCGGCCCUGUCGACGACGAGAACAUUGGUUCUACUCAGACGAGGUCUUCGCCAUGGUGCACGCAGCAAAGGGUGGCACUUCGAGACGACAGAAAAAACGUCAGGAGAUCACCACGACAUCGGUGAUUCAAACCAGG